AUCCUGUACGACAACCAUUUGACGUCACCUUGGUAGUUCCGGAAACACCGGAGAAUUGCUCACGAUGAGAUGGUGCAUACGGUGAACGAGGUUAUUAAUAUCAAGCAUGGAUGCAUGAUUGUAGCAGGAUGUGGUGUCUCACAAGCUCUGUCCGAGUACAGAGUACUUAGAGCGAGCCCACCUUGCUGUGCGUGGGGGUUCAGCUUCGAGUUUAUUUUAUCCUCGACACUUUUCAACAUGUUUGCUGGGCUUUUCAUACUGUUGGUUUUGGUGAAUGGCAUCGUUUGCGGUGGUGCGAAUAGAGGUUCGAGAUAUAACUUGGAGGUGGUAAGGGGUAGCAGAGGUAUCUCUCAGAUGCAACAGUUGAUCCCCCACCAAGCAUCGAAACAAGUGCAUGUCGACGAUGAAUCGACCGUAUCCGACACUCGUUUCGAAGACCACGAAGACAAAGUGACAAGCGGUACGAGAAUACAAAAGAACAGAAUCAACGGUAAUGAUCGUGCCUGGUUCUCGAGUGGACCCGGUUGGGAUGUCCGUGUGGAUUUGCGCAUGGGAUCGAAUAAUCGAAGAGUAUCCAGCCUAGACUGGGCGAAUAGAUGGGAGCAGGCGACGGACUGUCUUUCGUCCCAGGAACCCGAUAAUGUAGACAUGUUUGAGAUGGAUGAACUUGCACUCGAGGCGUUUUGGGAUAGAGUCUGGGAGUGCUAUCUUCCAUAUGCGUAUGGAUUGGAUGAUAGUAAAGACUCGCGAGAGUGAUAGAAUAAUGCGACAUGACCGCCGUUAGAAUUGAUCACUUCUCAUUCAUCUCUGUAGAUGUCUUCAACUUCAUGCG